GUGGACGCGCUAAACAGAGCAACCCAAAAUCUCAAAUUCGCCCUUACCAUCUUUUAAGGGAGACCUAAAACUUUGCCGGCUGCCUUGUUUCGACGCACUUUUGCUUCCUACAAUUUCCAGCUUUUUAGACUUCAAGGAAAUCCCUAUCUUGGAUCACUGCUUCAUGCGCUCCCGUAGAGUCUACAAGGCUGUGUGUGACCUCUCCCCCUCCCCUCCCACGACCUCUGAACCCCGGUCAACCUUCACCCCCUCCCCUCCCUGAGGCCAGACUGUGAUCCAUGGCGCUGGAGAAGCUUCUGCGUUUCGGGAAGCAGUUGCUGAGGGUGAAGGUGGUGGACUGUAACACAGAGGACUCCCGUCUGUCCCGAUGCCUCAACACUUUCGACCUGGUGGCCCUGGGCGUGGGCAGCACGCUGGGUGCUGGUGUCUAUGUGCUGGCUGGCGCCGUUGCACGAGAGAAUUCAGGUCCUGCGAUUGUGUUGUCUUUCCUGAUAGCAGCCCUGGCCUCAGUAUUAGCCGGUCUGUGCUAUGCUGAGUUUGGAGCCCGUGUCCCAAAGACAGGCUCAGCUUAUCUUUACUCCUAUGUGACUGUUGGGGAACUCUGGGCCUUCAUCACUGGAUGGAACCUCAUCCUCUCCUAUAUCAUUGGUACCUCCAGUGUGGCCCGAGCAUGGAGCGCUACCUUCGACGAGUUGGUAGGGAAGCGCAUCGAGCAGUUCUGCAGAGAGUACAUGUCCAUGAAUGCACCGGGUGUAUUAGCACAGUACCCUGACAUGUUUGCUGUUGUCAUUAUAAUCACCUUAACAGGUCUGCUGGCAUUUGGGGUCAAAGAGUCAGCAAUGGUAAACAAGGUGUUUACGUGUAUCAACAUCCUGGUCUUGUUGUUCAUGGUCGUCUCUGGCCUGGUCAAAGGCACUUUAAAGAACUGGCAGCUUGACCCUGAAGAGAUCCUUCAUGCCAAUUAUACCAGUAACUCCAGCCUCAAUCUGACAGAAACCCUGCCAAGCAAAGAGAUAUUAGGAGUGGGCGGCUUCAUGCCGUUUGGUUUCACAGGUGUCCUUUCAGGAGCUGCUACCUGCUUCUAUGCCUUUGUUGGAUUUGACUGCAUCGCCACCACAGGUGAAGAGGUGAAGAACCCCCAGAGAGCCAUCCCCAUUGGCAUCGUAUCCUCGCUGCUCAUCUGCUUUGUAGCAUACUUUGGUGUUUCUGCAGCCCUCACCCUCAUGAUGCCCUACUACCUGCUGGACAGCAAAAGCCCCCUGCCUGUAGCCUUUAACUAUGUGGGCUGGGGAGGAGCCAAAUACGCCGUAGCUGUAGGCUCUCUUUGUGCUCUGUCUACGAGCCUGCUGGGUGCUAUGUUCCCUAUGCCUCGUGUGAUCUGGGCUAUGGCCGACGAUGGGCUGCUUUUCAAGUUCAUGGCCGAGAUCAGCCCCCGCACCAAAACCCCGCUAACUGCAACCCUCACCUCUGGCAUAGGGGCAGCUAUCAUGGCAUUUCUGUUCGACCUGAAGGACCUGGUGGACCUGAUGUCAAUAGGGACCCUGCUGGCCUACACAUUAGUGGCUGCCUGUGUUCUGGUUCUGAGGUACCAGCCCGAGCAGCCCUCUCUUGUGUAUCAGAUGGCCAAUACCCAGGAUGAGGGGGAGCUGAGCGAUGGCAUCAGUGUCCCUAGUAUGGGCAUGCUGCCCGGUAUGGAGGAGAAGUUCAGUGUCAAGACCCUCCUGUUCCCAGACAACUCUGAACCAUCCACAUUGUCGGGCUUCUCUGUCAACAUCUGUGCCUCUAUGUUGGGAACAUUAAUCCUGGCAUUCAGUGUACUGGCAGUGCAGGGGGGCACUGCUGUGUGGAACGUCAUAGCCCUCAGUGUCAUCUUCAUGGUGUGUCUCCUCCUCACCUUCAUCAUCUGGAGACAGCCUGAAAGCAAGACGAAACUCUCCUUCAAGGUUCCACUGCUGCCCUUCAUUCCAGUGAUCAGUAUGUUUGUAAAUGUGUACCUGAUGAUGCAGCUGGACAGAGGCACUUGGAUACGAUUUUCUGUUUGGAUGGCUCUAGGUUUUGUGAUCUACUUCUGCUAUGGCAUUCACCACAGCGCUGAGGCCGCUCUGGCCCGCUCAUCUCCAGAAACAGAGAUGGACAGUUUCAAACAUGACCACAAUUCAGAGGCCAUGUCACCAGAGAAGGAGGCCUUCCUGCACAACGGCAUUGAUGCCAUCGACGAGGACGAUGGAGAUUUGUAGACUGCAUUAGAACAUGCUGUGUACAUUUCCAACUCCCCUGACACCAGUCUGUGUGUGUAUUAUUUUCGACUGGACGACUCCCCUUGCUGGCAGCACUCCGGUUUGGACAAAGCAAUAAUAAAUAACUUUGACCUAAAAUCCCCAAACCUGUGACUCUCACCCUUGACUGCCAGGCAGAAAACAGAAAAGUGGCAUAUUGGCACUUCUUUAGCCAUAAUAGACAUGUUCUGUUAUUCGAGUAUUUUGUAAUAAGCUUGUUACCCCUUCUGUUUGGCCUUGAGCUUCAGCUGCUUGUUAUCACUUUGCUGUCUGAGGGGGAAGGGCUCAUGCUGGAGACACAAAACAUCUCAGUGUUUCAGGGAGGUUAAGUUGAGGUCUGGGUAAGAGUACAUUGCUGGCAGUAGGACUAUGCGCACAUGUGUAACAGCUUUCGUCUGGAUGCCAGAAUGUUCAACAGUAAUACAUUUUCUUGUCUUUCUGUUUAUGAAAACAUAUCUACUGUAUAUAUAUAUAUAUAAAUGAUUCUGAAAAUCAGAUAACACAAUAUGUAUUUCAUACAGAUUGGUACCAUUAGCUACAUUCUCAUAAACCUGCCAACUCUUAUGUAACUGAUGUUGAAAUGCUGCUCUAACAGUCCCCCAGACGAGUGAGAGCUUGCACAAUACACUGCAACACGCUUGUCUGUGACAUAAUUCCCUGUGUUCACUAGCAGAAAAGGGUGGUCGGGCCAAUGGCUGUGCAUACAGUACAAGCUGGCCAGCAGGGAGCUGUAGUUUACAGUUUCCAUGAGUCUAAUUUUAAAUCCGAAGGACUACAUUGAUACCGUCAGUCACAAGCCUUGGAUCUGGCUGCAAAUGAUGAUGCUGAAAUGUCUGUACCAAGACACUUAACGACGUAUCCUGUUGGACAGUUCAUUACUCUGAGACACAGCGAUUCAGAGGAAGUGUCUAAAGCCUGACAGGAACAUUUUAAAUUUCUCAAAGUGAAAAUAUGCUCUCUUAUUUGGCAUAUUUAAUGCCCAUGGUAAAUAGGUGGAAUCUGGUUUGUGAAUCCUGAUAUAAGUUGAGCUGGCCUGACUCCAGAGCUUUGAAUCCACCCUCAUGAAACAGCAGUUUUUCCGUUGAAAAGGACCCAGUGAGGACUAAUGAUUAGCCAGUCAGCACCAUAGGCGGGACUAAUGCCGGCACCAUCGUCAAGCUGUGCGGCAGAACCAAUGUGGAGUGAUCACAAUGGCGACUACUUUAGACAAGAUAGACGCUGCUUUCAAUACUGCCUGAAAUCGUGGUUUGAUAUACCUCACUGCCGCCCCACUCCAACCAAACCGGUAUGCUGGCAUGGCGACGCAUCAGUUUGGACUUAAGGUGACCUUAGAUUCAGGUGGAUACAUUGGUCUCUAGUAAUUGGUUAGGAGACAGUCCAAUCCCCCUCCCCACGGGAAACACUUGGAGUGGAGGCAAGGUCAGACUGAAGAUGGACACGGAGUGUAACGAGUUGGCAAUUGUGUCUGAUAUCCGGCAAAUGUUGAGUAUCAGGUGAAGACAGUGACAGCUGCUGAAUGUCAGUUAACGCCAUGUAACAUUAGAUGAUAGUGGAUUUUCACAGUGCUGGCUGCUGUGUCUUUUUGCAACUGUAACUUGUAACAUUUAGCUUGUCUUUAAAAAAAAAAGAAGAAGUCAGGCCGAUCUUUUUUUUCUCAUGUUCAAUUUGGAAGAAUGUAUUUGUUCUCAGUUUAUAUAGACCUUUUCUCAUGUUUAUUAAUGUCUUUUUAUUACCCACUUCCUAAAAGAUGUUCAUUUCCAAUGUGCUUUUGAGAUUAGGACUCUGACUCGGCUUAAUAUUUAUAAUUAAGUUAAAGCCUAUGAAAAAUAUGAUCCGGAAGAAUUCGCCACACUUGUACAUUUAUUUACAUAAAUUUUUUAAAAUUUGUUUCUUUUCAUUAAAAUGUCUAAUGCGUUUAGAUAUUUUUCUCUUUUCAUAAACAUAAAAAAAGUGUAUCAUUUCACUCAUGGUGCCUACAUUACCCACAAUGCAACUCAGCUUCCAACAGAUCAGUUGGAAAUUGGGGUGUGUUAUGCUUGUAGUGGUGGCUUAUGUAGCUAUUCAUUUUUGAAUUCAAUUUCAAUUAUCUAUAUUUUCAGAUUUGUCUUCAGACCUAACCAACUUUGACUCAAGUUACAUCAGACUUUAUGCCUCUUCCUCUUGAGCCACAACAAAACGCAACUUUAAUGCAGUAGUAAUCCACAAGAUGUGUAAACAGACUCUAGAGACGGUGUGACAAAAGUUUAAUUCGUCAUUUAAAUGCAGGUCUGUUAGUUUUAGCCUUUCAAUGCAUUAACUGCUGUUUUGGGAAUCCUUUACAACAAUGUACCUGUCUAUAAGUAGACACGUGUAAUCAAGACUGUGUAUAUAAGAUAUUGUUUAUAUUUCUUGUAGUAAAUUAUUUGUAAAUUGGAGAAAAGGCUUAUGUUAUGUUGCCCUGUUUGUAUCUGAUAUUGUGCUCCUUAUAUUGUGUUUACAUGAUCAGUGCAACUAAAACUUCAUCCUCAGGGUUGGAAAAGUCGCUGCCUUCACCUUCUUUUGUCAUUUCUUAACCAUUGAUGCCUCAUUAAUAAAAACAAUUGUUGGAAUAACACCAGUGGUGGAAAGUAACUAAGUACAUUUACUCAAGUACUGUACUUAAGCACAGAAUAAUUCUACUCCGGUACAUCUCAGAGCUCUUUUCAGAUAAUUUUUCAUACCCUUCCUGUCCAGUGAAAACCGUGUAUCUCCAUAUUUGGUGAUUUAUUUUAUCUUUUUUAAAUAAAGUAAAGAAUAUAGUUUUCCUUGUGGGGUUAAAAAUACAUUUUACUUCUUCUCACAAGACAGCGACACCAUAAAUAUAUGAUGAACUUACAGACAACAAUGCAUUGCUGUAGAUUCAACUACCCAACAGUGUAUAAAGGAGUUAAAAUGACCACACGUGCACAUCUAUAGAAGUAAAAUGAAACAUACACAUUAAUGCAGUGGUAAUAUUAAUCAAAAAACAUCAUAUAUAAUGGUAAAACACUGGCAGGAAACUUUUUACUUUUACUUUUCACAUGUUGUUGAUAAUACUUACACACUUUUAUUUGAGUAAAAUAUACAAAUACUUCUUCCACCACUGUAAUAAAACACUAAACUACAGGAUAUCAGCAUGACUGUGGCAGAAACGAGAUUUUGGGGGUCAUACUGGGCUGUAGUAGACGUGUAAUAAUAAUUUGUGACAAGUAUCACUUUGAUCAAAUAUGCAUGGCUGAUUUUUCUAGAGCUUUCUGUAGUUUGUGUUCCCAACACAUUAAUAUAUCUUGCUGAGUUGUUACACAAAGUAAUUACACUGAAAUCCAGGAUUACAAGAAUGCAGAUACACAGGAAGUCAAAGCAUAUUAACUUUAUAUGAUUAAUAGGAAGCUGCCUACGCACAGUAUGACAUAACAGUAUAACAACAAUAUAACUGAUUAAUGUUUUAAAUUAAAGUCUCCGUGUUAAGUUUAAAACAUACAAAGGGAUUCAUGUGUAUUUUAAAAAGUCUAUCUUCUGGCAUAAUCAGUACUUGUUUAUCCUUCACGUCAUGCCAAACCUUAGUGUUUACCUUUGAAAUAAAUGCUACACAUACAGGCCUAUAAACAGAUAAAAGAAGGAGCUUCUUCUUUUUCCCUUUGAUGCUUUAAAAAUCAACGGUCUUUAUCUUUCCAAUUACAUUACAUGUGUCACAUUAUCAGGCUUUUGAUGUGAUGUUGAUGAUGGCUUCAUGUUUAUGGCAUUCAGCUGUGAUUUCAUCACAUUCUCAGACUUUACUCCCCUGUUUUGUUUGCAUUUUCUGUGGUCAUUGUUGGAUUACAGUGUGUUCAAUAGUGUGUUAAUGUUGAAAAAAAGCACAAAUAAUAGUCUGUAUAUGUGGGUGACAUCAGGGGUUCUUGUUUUGUUAUUCAUAACUGGCCUCAUUAGGGUUUUUUUUAAUGGAGCUUUCAGUCGAAUCCCACAACCUUCUUCAUCAGAUGGAGGCAGCUCAGUUGCCAACAACUACAUCUGCUGAAGAAGACCAAGAGAUGCAGCUGAAAGCUCCAUAAAAAGCUAUUAAAUGGGCUUUGAGUUAUGUUUUUUUUUCUGAUGUUUUGUAUAUUUUCAGGCACCUGUAGCCUAUACAUGUAAUAGGCCACUAUAAACUGGGUUUUCUGUCAAGGUUACAUGUAUGUAUCCUCGGCAGGUAAAAGUACCCACGAUUCUUAGUGUACGUGUUUUUUUUAAGUGUCAUCCUGAAAUAUAUUCCUCCUAAAAUUCACAUGAAUCUCAAACUGUACAACAAAAUCAGAGAGCGUCAAAAUUAUCACAGUAUCCUGAAACCUCCUCAGUCUGCUGAGGGUUAAUGACGCACACGUGAGGACACUCGUUAACCUGUUCCAACAUGUAGGAUCCUUUCUUGGAAAGACUCGUCCUACCAAGAAAGGAUCCUUGACUUUGAGAAACACUAACUGUGUUUGGCGCCAUUUGCUGGUAUUAUUAGGAACGACCUGACCCAGAGGUACUAAGAAAGAGGAUCUGAGAAAAUCAUGGAUUAUUAUUAUUAUAUUAUAAUUUUUUUUUUCUAGGAAGAAAAACAUAAACCCAAUCAAACAAAAAUCCCACACAUAAAAACUUUCAUAUCAAUGUCACCAUAUCGGCGCUCACUAUCUUCUUGUCCCCUUGUCGUCUGUUUGUCUUUUUGUUCAAGUGUUUGUAUGUUUCACUUGCUCCUGUAAAUAAAAUGACCUUUUUAACAUCCA